AUGAUACCAGCAGAUGAAUCAAAUAACCAAGAAAAGAAUGUCAAGAAAAAAGAGAACACACAAGACAGGAGCCGGAAUGUAUCCUCUCUUCCCAGCGACUCGAUGAACCAAGAAGCGAAUGACAAAGAAAAAGAAAAUCUGAGCGAUGGAAGUUGGAACAUACCCCCUCCUCCCAAAUACUCGAAACUAAGGCCGAGGGUCUCUUCCAGCUCUACACCUUUGUUGCCUCGCCGACGCUCAAAAGCCAGACUGAGAUCAACUCCGUCCAACACAAAAAAAUAUAAUUUCGAAUCGACUAGGCGGCUGUUUUGGGGCGAUGAUCAAUCUUCAUCGGUAGAUUUGAAUAGUAGCUUUCCUGGAAACGACUCAUCUUUUGAUAAGGAUCAUCGCCCCACAGGAUGGACUGGCUUCUUCUUCGGAUUCAUGUAUGAGGAGCCAUUUGAUGAUUCCAUUGACUAUGGCAACGACGAAGAGGAAUCGUCUGGGCAUUCAACAUGGAAUCCACUGAAUUUUGCUCUAUUCAUAUCCUAUACUCUCACAUCAGCUGCGGCGGUAACCCCGGUUUUGCUAGUCCCAACUAUUGGUCAAGAAUUCCUUUCAAGCAGCGAGGAGGCUUCAUUAUUCACUUCCCGAGCUGCAAGUUUUGCUGUCCUGGGAACGGCGUGUGGAAAGUUCUUGAAUGGUCCUGUCGGUGAUGUACUUGGGGCGAGAAGAACAAGCGUACUUUACUCCUUUCUUCUCUGCUUUUCGCUAACUGCCCUUGCAGCUUGCCAAGAUGCAACGUCUGCAGCUUGGUGCUGCUUUUUCGUCGAAUUUUUCCAAAGCGUGCAAUGGCCGUGCAUUAUUGUGAUGCUGGCAACACACUAUGGUACUAACCAUAACACAUACGAGGCUGGAAUUUACGUCACUUCAAUUGCAUCACGUAUUGGACCUCUAUUUGCUAUCCCUAUGCUGUCCUUCUUUUUGAGGCAAGCGAGCUGGAGGUUGGUUGCAGUGAUUGGAGGCUGGACUGCAUUGAUUGGAUCAUCAGUUGCGUAUCUCUUCUUGACAGACUCUCCGCAUCAGAUUAACGAACCACAGAAUGCUCUGCAACCCAGUCUACUGGCCCAGCUACAAAAAUCGAAUUUUUAUACGCGGCCGCGUCAGUUUGUUGGUGUGAUGGCGGUGGUCUUGUAUUCUGUGAUUCGAACAAACCUGAUCCCAUCAUUAAAGCGAGUAUUGAAUAGUGGAACCUUUUGGAUUGUUGCCUUGGCUCAUACAGGUUCAUCAAUGGUUAGAACGUCCGAUCGAAUUCUUGGAUCUUACUUUCUCGAAACCUCAAUGGGUCAUUUGACUGAGGAAACCUCUGGAGGCUUGGUUGUAUAUUCCAUUCUAGGCACGGUAUUUGGUCUUGUUAUUGCUGGAAACAUGUUUGCAGUCCGAAAAGAACGCCAGAGGAAAUGGCUGGUGUCUCGCUUAUACAUGACCACAAUUGGCGCUUGCUACUUUCUUGCACUGUUGGCUGUUCCAAGAUUGCGCCGGGCUAUUGAUGCCCCUGAUUUGAUCUUGUUCUUUCAGGUAGUAGCUUCCUUUGUCAUGAGCUUUGGUAUCUCGGUAAUGUACUACCACAUUCCAGGUAUUGUGGGAUCGGCAUUUGGAAACAACAAGGGUUUGUUUGCGGCAUACACAGAUGGAGUAGCCUAUGGCAUCGCCUCUGUCUUGUGGAAGUUUGUCGCAGCAGCUGUUGCAAAUGGAAAUGACGAUGGGGGAGGCUGGGCAUAUGGCUGGGCUGCUGUAGCACUUUUGAUUGUUCUUUGUGCUAUUCUAAUGGUCGAAUUCUUGGAACAUUAUUUUGUACGUGCAUCUGGACGAAACUAUGGAACCUAUGAAACUAUACUACUAGCAUGA